AUCUUCAUCAGUUUCACUCUCUGUUUGUUUCAGGGACCAAGGAUGCAAAGACCCGAGCUUCGGUUCGAUUCUUUACGCUCUGAAAUCCUACGGGAAAAUAACCGUACGAAGUGGAACGAUCAAAUUCAAACCCAAGGUUCGAGCUCUUUACGUGGAUCAGUGGUCCUCAUCCAGGACUCGUCAGUCCCAGGCUGCCCAGGACGGAGCGACCGGUCCCGGGACCCCGCACACCUCCACCUCCCCAGAUGAAGCCGAGACAGGAGUCCGAGCGCGGAGGAAAAUGGCGACUUGUCUGAUGAACAAACUGAAGACCGAGAGGUCAAUGUUCAUCUCUGACAAACAGGGCGUCAGCAUCACCGCCGACCACCAGUUUGACGACGGGAAACUCUGCUUUCGUAUGGAGGACAGAAAGGAGUACAUGGUAAACCUGAGUGUGAAAAACACCGGAGGGGAACCGGUGUAUUUCACCUACUACACUCCGCUGCAGUGGCUCCGAUACUUGGCUCUGACGGACGAGCACAAAGUGACCAGAACAAACCCUCUGACCCUCAGACCAGGGGAAAGCUACAGCAUCAGCGUUCACUUCCGCUGCAGCUGGGUUGGUUUCUAUCCGGCGACACUGGCCUUUGAGUUCAAACCUGACCUGGAGCCGACCUCCGCUGAGUUCUACAUCGUGCGCUUCAUCGAGGCUCAGUGCAUCACGUCCUUAGGUGUGGAGCUAGCGCCCAUCGCACCCUACAAACCUCUGCCCCGCUGUGCAUGGACGCCUGAGGUUGACUGCACCAUCGUGGACGGGCAGCGACCUGACGGGCUGUCGGUGUUGCAGCUGAAGAAUGUGGUUAAUUUAAAGAAGUAUAGUAUUCCACUAUAUGUGAACCAACUCAUCGAGUCACUAAAGUCUGGUCACUCCAGUCAAGGACAGACGCUGCUGGAGACGCCGCUCAGCUGGGAGAUCUACACCCAGAAGUUCCAGCUGCUGCUGUUUCUGGAGUUGCGUCAGAUGGAGGUGGACAUCAGGAGAUACAACAUCCCGAACAAGGAGACAGCAGAACCCGCCGUCAUGUUCAGAGACACAGUCAACAAGAAGCUGCUCGUUCUGGAG